GGCCCGGGCCAGAUCGGACGCUGAGCCGUCUGCGCCAUGGCCUUGUGCGGGCUAGCGGCGUUUCUUGGUCGCGCGCGGGCCCCAGCGUGGAGAGCCGCAAGAUCCCCCCUUCUGUGUCAUUCUUUGAGGAAAACAAGUUCUUCUCAAGGAGGAAACUCUGAACCUGUCCAACAAUCCCUCAAGAAGCCAAAGUUACCACAAGGUCGUUUUGAUGCACCAGAAGAUACCCAUUUGGAGAAGGAACCACUGGCAAAAUUUCCAGAUGAUGUUAAUCCUGUUACCAAAGAAAGAGGUGGACCCAGGGGCCCGGAACCUACCAGAUACGGAGAUUGGGAACGGAAAGGACGCUGUAUUGAUUUUUAAGCCACAUAUUCUUUAACUUCAGUAUCUUUUUCUGAAUACAUACAACUGAAUUAACUUAUUUCUGAUUAUUUCUGUAAAUCCUUCAAUCAUCUAAUUU